UCAAUUGCGCUGCUAUUUUCUUAAAUGUGCGCGUGAAUAAGUACCAGCGUUAACUUCGAAAAUCGGUGAGCGGAUAAUAUUAAAGUGAGCAAUAUAGUAAACUAAAUCAUUUUCUAAACGUAUUUCAACGAAUUCAGUUGCGAAGAAAUAAUAAAAAAAAGAAAAUCAUGGCAAAAAUUCUGUGGGUUGUAUUAAUAGCCUUCUGUAUUUUAGUUGUUGAAUCAAAAAAGAAAGCUGCUGAAACCCCAGCUAAAACACCAGAAACACCAGCUGCUCCACAAGCUGAAGAAGAAUCUACACCAGAAGAAGAAGAAACCGAUAAAAAAACUGAGGAAAAAACAGAAGAUGAUGACGCUGUUGAAGAAAAAAAAGAAGGAGUAGCUAAAAAAGAAGAAGAAAAAGAAGAUACUAAAUCUGAAGAAGCUGCAGAGGCUUCUUCUGAUGAUGAUGGAGUAGAGAACGCUCCUGAAAUGGCUUGUAAUUUAAAAUUUAAACGCGUUGGUUGCUAUGCUGAUAACAACAAAAAAGAACGCCCCUUGAGAUCUUACAUCAUGAGUGAUGCAGAUAUUGGCACAGUUUCAAAGAAAGGAAAACUACCUAAAGGCGAUAAGUUUAACAUUGAGCUCCCCAAGUUUGCCUGUAAAUGCGCCAAUGAAGCAAUUAACGCUGGAAACGCAGUUUUUGGUCUUCAAAAUCUUGCUGAAUGCUGGACUGGUCCAGAUGACAGUAAAUAUGAUAGAGAUGGAGCCUCAGAAGAGUGCGUGACCUUUAACUACGCCCCAUGUGGUCCAACAUCUGAAAUGUGCGCCGGAAAGAAACACGCUAACUUUGUUUACUACGUAGACACUCCUGAGCACACUAAAACUAAAGAAGAAAUUGCAAAAGAGUACAAAGAAUAUAAGAAAAAAGUUGCCGCAUACCGAAAACGUCUUGCUGCCAAGAAAAAGUCUUCAAAGAAACAGAAGGCCAAGAAAGUCAAGAAAGCCAAGAAAGAAUAAAACUUUAAUGAUGAUAAAUUCAAUGUAGAAAGGA